ACAACACCCAGCUGAGACACCCAGGAAGCCUCAGUCCACGGAGCGAGUCUAACCUGAGAAUUUCUGUAGAUUACAUUCUCUAGUUCCCAAGAGUUCUUACACACACACACACACACACACACACACACACACACACACACACACACACAUCAACUUCUCCCACUCCAACAAACUUCAAGAAGAGGAAGGAAAAAAGAGAAGAGGAGGAAGGAGUGGAGAAGUCUUGAGUGCUAUCCCCAUAGAAGAUCUCAGAAGCUUUACAUCUCUAUAGAAACUUCCAGUUCACCCAUAAUUUGAGAGAUGGUGAAUGAAUACAAGAGAAUUGUUCUUCUGACAGGAUUAAUGGGUAUUAAUGACCAUGAUUUUAAAAUGGUUAAGUCCUUGUUGAGCAAAGAACUAAAACUAAAUAAAAUGCAAGAUGAGUACGACAGAGUUAAGAUUGCUGACUUGAUGGAGGACAAGUUCCCAAAAGAUGCUGGAGUGGGCCAACUGAUAGAACUGUAUAAGGAGAUUCCAGGACUUGGAGACAUUGCUAAUAAACUCAAAAAAGAGAAGGCAAAAGCAAAAAGGAAACAGAUAGGGAAGAGGAAAACUGCAGCAAGGAGACAAAGGCGAGAAGAGCCCAGUACUUCCCAACCUAUGUCCACCAUAAAUGAAGAUGCAGAAUCAGAAUCAGGGAGGAGCACACCUGACACACAGGUUGCUCAGGUAUCUUUACCAAGUGCUUCUAGAAGGAACCAAACCAUUCCAAUAUCUCCAACAAUAGCAUCCAGCAGUGGACAGACCUGCAGCAGGUCUCCAGCAACAUUACAAAGCAUCAUCCAGCCCCCUGAAACUCCAACAAGACCAUCCAGCAGGAUUCUGGCCCCUCAAGAGUCUCCAGGACCAGCAUCCAGCAGCACCCAGGCACUAGGAGUUCCUCCAGUAACACCAACCAAGAGACCAAGACUGAAGAAUGUACCCAGAGAACCUUCUGAGGAAAAUGGUCACCAACAAGGUUCCAAACAAGUAAUGGUGUUAAAAGCAACAGAACCAUUUAUAUAUGACAUGAUAGAUGAGAAGAAGAUGUUCCAUGCCACAGUGGCUACGGAAACAGAAUUCUUUAGAGUGAAGGUGUUUGAUAUUGUCCUGAAGGAGAAGUUCAUUCAAAACAAGGUCCUUAUCAUCUCAGAUUAUGUUGGUUGCAAUGGGUUCAUAAAUAUUCAUAACGCAUCCAGUGUAUCAGAGGUAAAUGAUGACCAACCAAUGUAUAUCCCAACUUCACUGAAGCAGAGAGCCAAUGCAACACCUAAAAUCAACUAUCUUUGUGCAAAAAGAAGAGGAAUAUUUGUGAAUGGAGUGUUUAUUGUAUGUAAGAAAGAAGAAAAGGAGGACCACAUUUGCUACCAAAUAGGAGAUAAUACAGGGAUGAUGGAAGUGGAGGUCUAUGGACGAUUGACUAAUGUUGCUUGCAAUCCUGGAGAUAAACUUAGACUCAUAUGCUUUGAAUUGUCCUCAGAUGAAGAAAAAGUACAGCUGAGAUCGACACAACACAGUAACAUGCAGGUCAUCAAGGCUGGGAAAUGAGAAACAGCCACUCAGUUCUGCUUUCGUUAUGAAACUACGUGAAUUCUUGUUUUGAGGACUUGGACACCACUGAUGUGUAUGCAGAUAAAAUCCUGUU